ACAAGUAGAGUAAAGCAGCAGCCUGGCCUCAGACAGGAAGUUGGACUGCUGUUGUGUUCGUCCCUCCCCCCUAGUUUUCUGGGAGGCGUCCUUACGCAACACAUCCAGACUUGCUCCACUUCUGCAGAGUCACCACGAGCAGCAAAGAUGGCAGAGCUGAUGGAAAACCAGGUGUUCAUGGCUUUCACCACCUAUGCUGCCAUUGUUGUCCUGAAGAUGGUGCUGAUGGGACCGUUGACGGCAUACUUCCGCAUCACCAGGGGCUCUUUCGCUAAUGAGGAAGACGUAUCCGGAAAGUCUGAAGAGCAGAAGAAGAAGCUGCUGAGAACUCAUCCUGAUGUGGAGCGAGUCCGAAGGUGUCACCUGAACGACCUGGAGAACGUGGUUCCCUUCGUGUUGGUCGGCCUGCUUUACGCCCUGACUGGACCAGAACUUUCAACAGCUCUGCUUCACUUCCGAAUCUUUACCGGCUGUCGUAUCUUCCACACCAUCGCCUACGUCAGCGUGCUGCCGCAGCCCAGCAGGGGCUUGUCUUACAUAGUGGGCAUGCUGGUCAUCAUCUCCAUGGCCUACAGGGUGCUCAGCGCUGUUUUACUCCUGUAGGGGGCGCCCUGCUCCCCACCUCAGUACUAAUUCUGAGCUGAUUAUUCGUCUUUAAUUCAACUGGAGAAAGAUCUAUGAAUAAAAGCUUUCUCUCA